UGGGGAAAAAAACUCGCGUAAACAAAACGUGUCCAAGCACUGGAAGGGCCAACGGACCAGCACACUGUAGCCCCGCCGCCCGCCCUGGAAAUUGCGUCAAGCUCACGCAGCUUCCACGACGGUUGCGUGGGAAACUGGCGAGGCGAGGCGAGGACUCCUCUGCGACAUUCACCGUUCAGCGUUCGGCCAGCGAGCACGUGGGUUACGCCUGAAGCUCCAAUUCGGUUACGGUUUCGGCUACGGCUACGGCUACGGAAUGCAAAAUUGAUUGCAGCUCAUCAGCAGCAGAAGCAGAGCAGCAGCAGGGCUGCCAGCUACAGCAUUAGUAAUAACAGUAACAGCAUGCGAAGGAGAAAGAAAAGUGAAAUGAAAGAGAAAGCGAAGGAGAAAGAGAACCAAAGUGGACUCUAGGCAGGGCCAGGCCAGCAGCGGGCCCCCCCAGCCAAAUGUUGCAAGUGUUGUGCCAGUGUCCAAAUCGUGAUUGCAUAAUGAGACGCCGCUAAAAGUCAAAGUCCAAAGGAGAGAAGAAAGCAGAAAAGAGGAGAAUAGAAGUAAGAAAAAGUGCCAAGUGUUUGAAAACCAGCAAGCAAUAUUUCAACUAGCCAGAAAAACCCCAAAGAAAACCGAAAGAGAAACAAGUGAGAGAGCGAGAGAGAGAGAGAGAGAGAGAGAGACAGAGCGAAAGGAGAGUGUGUGCAGGAAUGCCCUUCGGUCGCAAGUCCCCGCUGGAGGCGCUGGCCCUCCCCGGUGUGAUGCUCGCCUACAAGUACAGCCAGUUCCGGCAGCGUCGCCGCGAGGCGGCCAGCCGACGGGUCACCGAGCGCGAACUCUCGGCGCUGCAUCAUAAAAUCGACAAACUGCUGAGCAAGCUUGAGGAGGAGAGCGAACCGGAUCCGCCUACCUCCCAGGAGGACGAGUGCGUGAUCUGCAUCAAUGCCAGGGCCACCAUGCAGACCUCGCCGUGCGGCCACCGCGUCGUCUGCCGCCGCUGCUUCGUGAAGACUAUCCAGAGUGCGGUGGCGCAACGACUGUUGCCCCUGCGCUGUGUGAUCUGCAGGGCUCGGGUGAACCGACUGACCUCCUCGUCGGGCACCUGGCGCAUCCAGGAGUCGGCCAGCAGCUACUCGAUGGGCGCCAAGAGCUGGUCCUCGGCUGGCGUGGCCGCUGGCGGGGUGGUGGCCUCCGCCAGCUCCUAUUCCAUGAACGACGCACACAGUGGACACCACACGUUCCGCCACCAGCCCACGCUGCACAAGGCGGCGACGGUGGGGCGACAUCAUCAGGCGGUGCGUGGGACGCGCGGCCGUGUAGUGUCCCAGUCGGACAGCCUCUACUCGAUGAGCUCGACAGGAUCGGCGGGGUCGUCUCUCUCCGGAUACUCGCACUACUCCAAGACGUCUUCCAUAUCGAGCAGCGGCCCCUGCUCCCCAGCCUCGGCAGCGGCCUCCGGCUCCCAUCACCUGGCCCCGCCUUCGCCCGCCACCCACCAUCACCCGCAUCAUCAUCACCACAGAGAUCCCCAUCACGCGUCCACAUCCCCCACGCCCUCUGGCUCUUCGGGCAGCUCCCUCUCCCCGCGCGAUAAUGGAAGCCACUCCCACCAUGGUGGCUGUCCCAGCGGCUGCUCGGGAGCUGUGCCCCGCAAGCCCCUCCACACGCUGAGCAACUGCCUCACAUCCACAUCCGCAUCUUCUUCGAGUGGCAGUGGCAGUAGUGGGGGUAGCGGUAGCAGCAAUGGUAGCGGCACCAUGACGCCCAUGCACACCUAUCCGGGUCGUAGGCACGUUAAGAAUCGUCUGCUGGACAUCCAGAACCGCCUGCCGCCCAUCAAGGAGCUCCGCAGUCCGGCCAAGGUGCCACACCCUUCGCCGGUACACGUCAGCAAUCCCAGGUUUCGGUAUGCCUCCUACACAAAGUCCAGUACCCACGAGCUGGCCCCACUGCUGCGGGAGGGGGCAUCACCGCCUCCUCCACGUCGUCCCAGCCCCAUGAACAUCCAGCUGAGUUGCACCACCCUGGCCCCGCCACCGCUGAAGGCGGGUGGCGCCAAGAUAUGCCCUGUGACCCCGAAGAACGCGCUGCCAAAGAGCGCCUAUGUGAUGCCCAAGGAAAAGAAGAUAGAAAAGCCCCAGGCAGCAGGCGGCUGCAAGGGUGCUGGUGCUGCUGGCCCAUCUAAGGCAUCGAUUCAGGGAUCAGGCAGCAUAUCCAAGACUGGGACAUCUUCAGGGGAAGGCAAGGGCCCUGGCCCUGGCUCUGGCUCUGGCUCGGGGACAUCCGCAUCCAGUAAUCCCAAGCCAGUUUCUUCCAGCUCUUCCAAUCGCAGCUUUCCGCUCUUCUCCGCCGGCAGCAAUCAGAGAGAACGGGCUGACAAUAAAAAGAACGAGUCUGUGGAGCGCAAGAAGAAGGAGGAGAAACUCAAGCUAAAGGCAGAGAAGGAGGCUCGGAAGGUGAGUGUGGAGGAGAAGCGGCUGGCCAAGGAGGAGGAGCGGUUGGCCAAGCUGCACGCCAAGGAGGAGAAGAAGCGCGGCAAGAAGGAGGCCAAGGAGCUGCUAUUGGCCAACGACAUCAAGAAGUAAACCCAAUUUUGGCAAAGCAAACGCAUAUUUCCAGUUGCAAUUCUAGAUUUAAGACCAUCACCGAUUGAAUGAAUUAUAGUAGUAUGUAUAUCAAAUCAGAUCAGAUCGGACAUACCCCCACACACACCCAUCCGCAUUCCGUAUAUAUCGAGCUUGAUUGUAUUUUAAGGAUAAUAGCCACGGAUCGUUUCAAACCAAGAAACCAAACCAUUUUUCAAGAGAAGAGAGCCAAGAAGUACUGUAUUGUGAAUAUCCAUACCAGAACACCUCUCUAAUGAGUUCCAAUUAUCCAAAAGAUCUUUGAAGAGAACCCAGAAAAGAUCUAAAGAAACAAAUUUGGGGAAGAUUUAACCAAAAACUAUAAUAGGAACAAUAAGCGUCCUUGGAUACACCUACUGCCUAAGAUAUGGUGUUACUUCUUCUACAAAGUUCUGGCAUCUGGCAUCUGGAUCUUUGCAAAGACUUAGCUAUCAUUAUGUUCCUUAGCCUUGAUCUAUGUUUAGUUCGUUGCCGAAUUGUCCAAGUAAAUUGUCUUGUAAGUAGCAUAUUAUUUAUGGGCUCACUGAGAACUUUCAUGGCUCUUCGCCGUCUAGAGCUAUGAUAAGAGCGUAAGAUGGAGAGCUGCCCAACAAACUAAGUCAUCGCUGCCUUUCGUUAAACAUUGCCUCAGCCCAUUUAUCUCAUCAUCAACUUAAAGGUUGUUGAAAAAAUAUCGACUAGAACAGAUUCUGAUAGGGUGGAAGAUGCAGAUACUCCUCAAUUAUAUCUUAAAGAAGAGAGAAAGAGAGAGAGAGAAAACCUUUAACUUUCCAAUUUCCAAAUAAUAGUUUUUACUACUAAUGAAGAACUCCCCCCAAUUAUAAUAGUCCCUAAAAGGAUGGAAGCAAUGAUGAUACACCCCCAAUUCAAACUAUAGAACUAUUAACAAUGACCAUGUUAGAAAAACUUACGAAUGUUAGAGCCAAGCUAUAGCAAAAGUGAGCUGCAAUGAUCCGGAUAUAUGUACAUGUACUAUACAUAUAUACUCGUACAGAUAUUUACAUAACUUGUUGACUAACAAAUUCUAAAUGGGAAGCAUAUUACAGUAGUUUUCAUAUACCCUCUAUAUAUAUAUAUACAUACUAAUCGUAUGUUUGUAUGUACUAUGUGUAUUGUAUACCUAUACCAAUAUCUACUAUAUCUCCCUACCAUACCAAUAUUGGAAACUGUUCAAGCGUCAAAGAUAAGCAAUGUUUCGAUGUAUGUAUGUAUAUGUAUUAAAAGAUUGUUUAAAAAACAGUAAAACGAUUCAACCCAAUAAAGAAUCAAUUAUGUUGA